GUGCAUAGUAGGUUCUGCCAUCUUGUGGGCUACAUCGGAAGCAUAAACGACACAUUUACGCCUCGUGCCAAAAAUCUGACGGCUCCUAUGCUGCCCCCUAUAGUUCAUGCACGGGGCCUAUCCCCCAGACAACGGCCGCCAAGCAACAGUUGAAUCGAUGACAGUACCUAAUUACUCAGUACUCGGGUGGAUCGCUCUGUCGCCAGUUAUCAAUUAUGGCUGACACCACCAAGCAAUCGGUCUAUUUCGGACAUCCUUUCCGGUUUUGGAAGCAAAGGCGAAGGCUUGAAGCAGAGCCCACAAUCGACGUGGAGGACAUAAAGACACUGGGUGACAUCGUCGAUUAUGAUAAAGUUCAUUUGCAGAAAGCGAUAAUAAACAGGACAAGCGAAAAAGUACAAGCUCUAUUAGACACAGAAGAUAUUAACCUCUGACACAGACAACACAAACUCAAGCAUCUUCUAGAAGAAGAAGAAGAUACACUAAGAAGAGAACUGGAAGCAAAACAGGCCCAGCAAGAAUGUGGGUAUUGUAAGGAGAGGCUAAGUAAACUGAAGAGCUAUGAGGAAGAGAUUGAAAGAGAGAAGAUAAGAGAAUGCUUGAAGGCUUUGGAGAGGGAGAAAAUUGCCAAAGGAAUGCAGAGCACGAGAGCCGACGAAUAUCAUCUCAGAGCGCUACAGAAGUCGCAAAUGGAGGAGAAACUACACAUGGAGAUGGAACAAGCUAACAUUGAUAGAAUGUGGCAUGAGGUGUUAUUAGAUGACGUCAGAAGAAAGGAACAGUAUGAAAAGUACCAAGAGUACAGAAGGCAACAAGAGAUGCGCGAACGCCGGCUAGCCUACGACGAGCAGAUCGCCAGCGCCAGCAGAAAGAGACGGGAGAUGCUGAGCGAGGAGAGGGAGCGAGAAAACAGGAGACUCGAACGAAUGAGAAAGAAGAUGGAACAGGACCAUUACGAAGCUUUAAAACGCAAGAAAGAACAACAGAUGACAAAUAGAAUUAACUUCAUAGAGGGCCAUGAAAUGAAGUUACAGGGGCUCGCUUCAGAGAAGUCUCGGGCGAGGCAAAUGGACGAUAAUACUAUAAGGAGGGCUCUGCAGGAAAUCGAGCGGGAGACAAGGAGAAAGAGGGAUCAGAUGACGCAACUACAAAUAGAAAAGCAACAUUUCAUAGCCAACCACAACCGCGAGAGGAGGAUGGCGCAAGCAUUGGAGCAGGACAGGGAUAACGUCGUCGACCAAUGGAUGAGAGAGAAAGGGAAUAACACAGAUGAGGGAAUGAGACAAGCGGAAGAAGAAAAACGGGCGCAGAAACAGAAACUUGCUGAAGAAUACAGGGCACACAUAGCAGAGAGGAAAAACAAGUUGGAAAGAGAACGACAAGAGAGGGACAACAAAAUGCAAGCCGUGAGGAACGAGGCAGUGAGAGAUCUACAGAAGAAAUUGGAUAGUGCCAACCAGGAGCUGAAACGGCAGCUAGAAUAUCGACAAAACCUAACCACACAAAUAAGAGAUGCACAGAAAGUUAAGGCACGUUGAUAUUGUUUUAUUUAACAGAUGAUU